GUGUUCGCCAUCUACGGAACUGUACCAAUAUAAAGUUGAGCUGUUUUUUUAUUAUUAUAUCAAUAAUUUAUAGGAACUUGUGUUCGGUGGUGUAUAAUGAAAAUGAUUGGCGACGGUGAAAUGGGUUAUGGGGACUAUUAUAAUUAUGAAAAUAACUGGUCGGUGGUGCCAACGGAUUAUGGGGCUGAAUCGUGUCAGUACAGACAGCCACAAGUCGAAGACGACUACCGAUAUGGAACUUACGCAUUGCUUGACAGCAUGAAAAUGCCCGGUCAGCGCCCCGGUUUCCAAAUAUCCGAUAUUCUCGGCUUAAAUGAGGCUAAAGGAUUGGAACCACCCCCUCAAGGAGGACUAAGCGGCCUGGAGUUACCUCCGUAUGCUCCUCCGCAUCACAACUACCCCCAUGAACUGCUCCGACAUCAUCAGCCUUGGUUAUCAUUAGAUCAGCACGAUGGCACAGGUAUGCUUGGACAGCAGGCGAGUCCUGACAGUACUUCCAGAGCAUCUGAAUUGUCAUACGUUGGUCCGUCAGCAGCUUCUCCCACAGUGACUGACCCGCGCCACGACCACGACCUGGAACAGGAACAUGAUCAUGACAUCCACGAUCACAGUCUGGAGCUAGACGACGAUAACGACAACGAUCAACCUAACACAGCCUCCGAGUCAAAUCUAUCGCACAAGAAACGCAAACGCAGAGUACUCUUCUCCAAAGCCCAAACAUACGAGUUGGAACGACGUUUCAGACAACAGAGAUACCUCUCAGCGCCUGAGCGGGAACACUUGGCUAGUUUAAUACGCCUAACGCCGACGCAAGUAAAAAUCUGGUUUCAGAACCACAGAUACAAGACAAAACGUGCCGUUCAAGAGAAAGGCGCCCAUGAUUUGAACGUGGGCGGUCUUAAUUCACCGCGCCGUGUGGCGGUGCCGGUGUUGGUGAAGGACGGUAGGCCGUGUAUCGGAAAGCCCGACGGCCUACCACCGUUGGGGAUGACGCUGCCACCAUACCAGCCGAUGCAUCACCAGCCCCCCGUCACGGGUCACGGACCUCAACCAGGUUGUUGGUGGUGAAAAUAAGUAUUAUUACCAAGUGAUUACUAGUCGUAGCAGUACAGAAGCUUGCAAUAUUUACGGUCAACGGUUAUUUUGUUAACGUCGCCGACAGAAGGGAUCAGAGCGAACAGUUGUGCCAACAGUGCUUAUAUCUGAUUACAUAACGUUAACAGGAUAUUAGCAUCGGCCUUGUCAAAUCACAUGCAAAUUAACUGGAGGUUUUAUUUAUUUCAACAAUAUAACGCGGUUGUCGGGAGACAGUAAUUUUUUUUUUAUAAUUUUAAUAUUCAGUUCGAAUAAUAAGAAGUAUUAUAUGAUUUAAUGAUUUUAAAUUUCUAAGGUACUUGUUCCUAUAGUUUAAAUUUAUAAAGUAACUUGUAAUGUCAUUUAAAUUCAUUAUAUUUUCGUGUGUUUUCAAUCACAAGUACAUCCAAACAUCUCAGAAAUUUUUAGUUAUGGAAGCGUACUUUUCAUACAUUUUAAGUUUAUAUACCUAGACAUUCCAUUUUAGUUUCUUAUUUGUAAAUUAAUGUAAAAAAAAAAUAUAACAAAUUUAAAUAUAAUUAUGAGAAAUGACCAGAUUUUAUCAGAUUGCAAUAUUUAGUCGUAAGUAACAGUAUUAAUAGUUGAAUGUGUGUAGCCAUAGUUAUUUAUGUAUAUCCGAGAACGUAUAUUUAUAAAAGAAGUAGCGAAUUUAGUUUAGAAUAGUUGUUGUAUAUUUUGUAAAUAAUUUCGGUUGAAUUACAUUCGUUAUCUUCAAGUGUGCCGCCGCUGUCACGUGGCGUUUGUCUAUGAUGAUCGCUGACUUAUACAUUCCAACUAACGAUUUUCGGUUUUUAUUUCUAUGUAAUAAUAUUUGUAAAAAAAAUGUUUUAUUAUAUAAAUUAUUAUGUGAAUAUUAAAACGAUUUAAUGAA